AGGAGUUCCGGGAGCUGACGGAAGAGCCGGUGGCGACGUCCUUGGAGAACCCCGGUUGGCAGAAGAUCGACCUGACGGUGACGGUGCGACAGUGGCUGGAGGGAAGGGCGCGCGAGAGUCUGCGUCUCUUCGUGGACUGCAGCUGCUGCAGCAACUGGGACGUGCACGUGUUCAACGGGGACGGUGACCGUCGAAGCGACAGCUGGAACCGUCCCUUCCUGGUGGUGCACACCGAUCCCGCGACCGCCAAGAGAGUGAAGAGACGCGCCCUCGACUGCAGCCCGGAUUCGGGAAGCCAAUGCUGCAAGCAGAGGUUCUACGUGAGCUUCCGCGAGCUGGGUUGGGACGACUGGAUCAUCGCUCCGAAGGGUUACUUCGCGAACUACUGCCGCGGCGAUUGCGGCCACCACCGGACGCCCGACUCCUUCGUCACCUACCACACGCACGUCAUCGAGGAGGUGCGUAAGACGCACCACCUGAGCGGAAUGCAGCCCUGCUGUGCUCCACUCAAGUUCUCCAGCAUGAGUCUCAUCUACUUCGGACCCGACUCGAACAUUAUCAAACGCGACCUCCCGAAGAUGGUCGUCGACGAGUGCGGAUGUCCUUGACUCUUUCGAACCUCUCGACUCUUACCAAACGAGAAGAACGAAUCAUAUAAACAAACAAAAUACAACAACAACAACAACAACAAUCGAAUGAAACAAUUUAAAUAGG